AUGUCAACAGAGCAGGAGCGAAAGGCCGCGCUAAGCAAGCGCUUCUCGGUUAAAAUGUGCAAGAGCGUUUCAAGAAUUUUAGGAUCCGAAUCGGCCACCGUGCUACCGCUACCUACAGAGUACCGUACUUCCUUCACCAACAAACAGGAUCUCCCUCCCGAACCACCCCCAUCCCUUCAUGCGCAGACUCUCCAGACCCAUAUCUCGACUCGCCAAGCCCGCCCCGCUCAUUACAGAUUCACCGACCCGGAUCUCCUCGCCGACGAAGCCGUAUCGGUCCCGGCAUCGAACCCGGAGUCACCUGAUCAUGGACGACGCGAGACAGAGCAUGACCAUGAUACGCACGCGAUCCCGCCACAGGCCGUGUGUGAUCUGUACAAGAGGUACCAGCGCAUGGACGACGCGGCCGUGGAUGGAGAUCUCGACGUCGUCGAUUUUCAACGCGGCUUGACGGAGGCGCAGAGGGAGAAACUGGUUCCCGUCGACACGGUCCCGUCAGAGCUGAUCGCGGCGGCGAGGAAGGCCUUUCGUGGGGCGUGUCGAGAGGAAAACGCGGGUCCGGUCGCGGACGAGAUGGCCGACGCAGACCCGGCGCCGUGUACCAUCUACGAGCACAAAGAUUUCCCCGGCCUCCGCAUUUUCCCCUCCCUGCUCCCGCCCGAAUGCCAGUACCUCAUGCUGUCUUCCAUCCUGCACCGAGACCUCUCCAACCCCUUGCACGCCACCAACCUCUCCUCCUCCUACCGCAUCCCCUCUCCGCCCCCGCCCCCAGGCUCGGCAUCUGGUUCUGAAUCUGCAUCGGCCUCGGACCACGACUCUUUCUUCAGCUACCCCCGGCACUCCAAAAACCACGUCUACGCACCCCUCGACCCCUCCUCCCCCCUCAAACCCCUCAACACGACGCAGUUCCUCGUCAAGAAGCUGCGCUGGCUGACGCUCGGCUCGCAGUACGACUGGGCGACGCGCGCCUACCCGCCGACAUCCCCGACGCCCUUCCCGCCCGACGUGGCGGCGCUGGUGACGACGCUGUUCCAGGCGAGCUUCACCCCCGAGUCGGGUGUUGUGCUGCUCUACUCGCCCAAGGAUUUCAUGCCCGUGCACCGCGACGUGUCCGAGGCGUGCUCCAAGGGCCUCGCGAGCUUCAGCCUGGGCUGCGACGGCCUCUUUGUCGUCUCGCGGGACGUCGAGGGGGAGGGGGCGGGGCCGGUGGAGGCGGAGGUGGAGGCGGAAGGGGAGCGGGAGGCGGGUGAGGGCGACCCGGAGCGGCCGAUGCAGAUGUGUGUGCUGCGGCUGCGCAGCGGGGACUGCGUGUGGAUGGACGGCGCGGCGCGCUGGUGUUGGCAUGCCAUGCCCAAGGUCCUGGCGGGCACGUGUCCGGAGUUCUUGGCCGAUUGGCCAGCGGCUGGGCCCGGGGAUGGGGAAGGGGUGGGUGUGGGGAGGAGGAAGGUGUUUGAGCCGUGGAGGGGGUACAUGAGAAGCAAGAGGAUCUGGCUCGACAUUCGUUGCUGCAACAUCCCCUCAAGCUCCCUCUAUCGCUCCCCUCUCUAUACCCCUCCUACGAACCCCCUCUUUCCCAGUUCGAUCUGCGCCCCUCCGGUCAGCGACACUUCGGUAAGCGAGGAGGACUUGUCCCAAACCCAUCUCCGCUUACAAAACACCCGCCAAGCGACCCCUCCCCAGGUCUUCCACGCGUUUGCAACCAUGCGGCGCCUGGAUCUGCGGAGGCUGUGGUGGUGCGAGAAACGCCUGGGAGGGGGACCACAGCCACCACCAGCGUACGACUUGGCGCGACCAGAACACCACCUCACCUCAACUUUCCUUGUUGACUUCCACCCGUAUGAGACGCGGUCGGUCAUCGGUAUGGUGAAGCAGCAGGAGAUGAGUAUGCCCGUAUGA